ACUUAGAACGGCUUGGAGAUCCAAAACAAUGACGUUUUAUCUUGUUUUGAUGGAAAGUCUUACUAACUGGAUCUCACCACUUUACUCGAAUAUUUAAGGGCGGAGUUUGAAGCUGAUUUAUAAAGAGCAGUGGUUACAUCAACCUCACUUUGUGUGAAAGCUGGAAGGAUGGAUUUAUACGGAACUGAACCGAAGAGGCUGGAUGACUUCGUUAAACAAAAUCUGCAGCCGAGUGAAUUUAACAUCGAAGUGAGAAAUGCAGUGCACAGAAUCUGUGAUUUUUUAAGAAAUCGAUGUUUUAUCAAGCAACCUGACGUUAAAGUUAUCAAAGCUGUUAAAGGAGGGUCUUCAGGCAAAGGAACAGCUUUAAGGAAUGGUUCAGAUGCAGAUCUGGUUGUCUUCCUCAGCUGUUUCCAGAGUUUUCAGGAGCAGAGAAGCAAAAGACAGGAAAUUCUUGAAGGAAUUCAACAAGUACUGGAAGUGUGUGCAUCGAGCAUUGCCUAUGAGAUCAGUGAUAUCAGUGUAAGCAUUAUACCGAACAGCAACAUCCCCCCAAAGUCUUUGAGCUUUGCUCUAAAAUCAAAAAAGUGCUCAAACAGUGUGGAAUUUGAUGUUUUGCCAGCCUUUAAUACAUUAGAGGGAUCAUUCAAUGAAAAUGAAGGCCAUCUCAAGCUAAUGAAUUUCAUCAGUGAAUACGGUGAUCCAUGUGGGGAAUUCUCUGCCUGUUUUACUGAGCUUCAGAGGAAUUUUGUCAAGCAACGUAAUGCAAAACUUAAAGACUUGAUUCGAUUGCUAAAGUAUUGGUACAAAAAGUAUGUCAAGCCACGGAAAUCUGAGCUGGCUCCUGGUGAGCGUCUGCCUGCUAAGUAUGCAGUGGAGCUGCUGACUAUCUAUGCCUGGGAGCAAGGCAGUAGGAACGAGAGAUUUAUCACUGCUGAAGGUUUUCGGACAGUUCUUGAACUGAUCUGCAGCUAUCAAAAUCUGCAUAUUUACUGGACUGACAACUACAAUGUCAACAAUCAAGUCAUUGCAAACUUUCUAGUUAAGAAACUUCGUGGGAGCAGACCAACAAUUCUUGACCCGGCCGAUCCAACCAAUAAUGUGGCUUCGUCUGCUGGAUGGCACGUGAUGGUCAACGAGGCCACGAAAUGUCUCCGCUCUCUAUGUGUCUCUGGAGUCCAACCAUGGAAAGUCCAGCCAAUGUCACAGUUUAAAAUCACUGUGACCAGCCUGAAUGGCUCCUCAUUAGACCUGAUGGCCAACACUGACACCAAAAUUUCAAUGAUCAAGAAACAAAUCCAGCAAGCCCAGAACAUUUCAGUUCACCAUCAACGCCUGAUAUUCAAUGAAACCAUUCUGACUGAUGGCAAAACCUUAUUGGAUUCUGGAAUAUUCUUUCAUGCAAAACUCCAACUACUUGUGAUAAAUUCAAUGGAGAUAUUUGUAAGGAAUCCAAAUGGACAAAACCUGGAAUUUAAUGUGUCCCCAAGUGACAAGGUUUCGAGCCUGAAAAAUAAGAUCCAAUCAUUGGAGCGUAUUUCUCCGAGCCAGUACUACCUGACCUUUCAGUCAAGAAUACUAGAAGAUGGGCACACGCUGGCACACUAUGGCAUUGAGCACCAUUCUACCAUCAACAUCAACUUGCGUCUCCGCGGGGGCAGGGGUCAGAGGGGUUGCCAGGAGUACCCAUAUGGACCCCAGUUAUGCCAGUCUUUUCAUGGGGGUAAGCUCAGCAGAGCUCUGAGACGGCGCCGGGUACUUGCGGGCGGAGCUCUGUGCCCGAGUGCGGGGUCACGCGCCCGUAAGAUUGACGGCGCCGAUCGGCUUCGGGCUGUGACGCACGCAGGGGGCGGGGACGGUGUCCUCGGGGGCGUGGCCCUGACAGAUCAUGUGAUCUCGAUGUCUGCCGUUGCGACACCGCAGCGCAUGCGCAUUAUCACGACCGACCUAGAUGUUCAAAUUGCAAAGAGACCUUGUUGUGUUGUGACUUUUCAAGUGAUGACAUGUUCCAAAAAGGAGGACAAGGGGAAAGGAGGGUCUUCAGGCAAAGGAACAGCUUUAAGGAAUGGUUCAGAUGCAGAUCUUGUUGUUUUCCUCAGCUGUUUCCAGAGUUUUCAGGAGCAGAGAAACACAAGGCAGGAAAUUCUUGAAGAAAUUCAGGAAGUACUGAAAACGUGCGCAGUGAGCAUUGCCUAUGAGAUCAGUGAUAUCAGCAUAAGUUUCACACAGAACAGCAACAUCCCACCAAAAUCUUUAAGCUUUGCAGUAAAAUCAAGGAAAAAUUCGAGCAGUGUGAAUUUUGAUGUUUUGCCAGCUUUUGAUGUAUUAGAGGGAUCAUACGAUGCAAGCGAAGCCCAUCUCAAGCUAAUGGAAUUUGUAAGUGAAUAUGGCGAUCCAUGUGGGGAAUUUUCUGCCUGUUUUACUGAGCUCCAGAGGAAAUUUGUGAAGCAACGUGAUGAGAAACUUAAAGACUUGAUUCGCCUGCUAAAACAUUGGUACAAAGAGUAUGUCAAGCCACGGAAAUCUGAGCUGGCUCCUGGUGAGCGUCUGCCUGCUAAGUAUGCAGUGGAGCUGCUGACUAUCUACGCCUGGGAGCAAGGCAGUAGGAACGAGAGAUUUAUCACUGCUGAAGGUUUUCGGACAGUUCUUGAACUGAUCUGCAGCUAUCAAAAUCUGCAUAUUUACUGGACUGACAACUACAAUGUCAACAAUCAAGUCAUUGCAAACUUUCUAGUUAAGAAACUUCGUGGGAGCAGACCAAUAAUUCUUGACCCAGCCGAUCCAACUAAUAAUGUGGCUUUGUCUGCUGGAUGGUAUGUGAUGGUCAACGAGGCCAUGAAAUGGCUGCAUUCCCUCUGUGUCUCUGGAGUCCAAGUGUGGAAUGUCCAGCCAGUACCACAGUUUGAAAUUGCUGUGUUUAUCCUGGAUGGUCCCUCAUUUGACCUGAUGGCCAACAUUGACACCAACAUCUCAAUGAUUAAGCAUCAAAUCCAGCAAAACUGGAACAUUCCAAUUCACCAUCAACGCCUGAUAUUCAAUGAAACCAUUCUGAAUGAUGUCAAAACCUUAUUGGAUUCUGGAAUAUUCUUUCAUGCAAAGCUCCAACUAUUUGUGAUAAACUCAAUGGAGAUAUUUGUAAGGAAUCCAAAUGGACAAAACCUGGAAAUUAAUGUGUUCCCAACUGACAAGGUUUCGAGCCUGAAAAAUAAGAUCCAAUCAUUGGAGCGUAUUUCUCCGAGCCAGUACUACCUGACCUUUCAGUCAAGAAUACUAGAAGAUGGGCACACGCUGGCACACUAUGGCAUUGAGCACCAUUCUACCAUCAACAUCAACUUGCGUCUCCAUUAUGUAUUUGUUUACUACUUGGAAUGUUUUGUAGUUGUUUACAUAUUAAGAGCUUCAUUCUUUCAGGCAGGUGUGGAACUUCUCAAAGGAAUGCAAGUGAGCUUUGUUAUUUCCCAGAUUUCACGUGACACGUGCCUCCAGAUUGAGUUAUUUUUAAUACUCUCUUUGAGGAUGGGUCUAUAUGAGACAAUUCCAAAACAUCUGGAUAAAUUUAUUUUUGAUGAACUCCGCCCUGACCAGCAGUUCCAGGAUCAGGUGGGCGUGGCCAUUGACAAGAUCUGCACUUUUUUAAAGGAACAAUGUUUCUCCGGUUACAGCUCCAUUAAAAUCAUUAAAACGGUGAAGGGUGGCUCCUCUGGGAAAGGGACAGCUUUAAAAAAUCGCUCAGAUGCAGAUUUGGUCGUCUUCAUCAGCCAGUUCAAAAAUUUCCGCGACCAGGAGCAAAACCGGGGUGAAAUCCUGACCAUAAUUUGGAAGAUGCUGAAUGAGAUCAGGAAAGAAAUUGCAUUCGAAAUCAACAUGACAGAGCCCCGACUAAUUACCUUACCAUCUGGCCACACCUCAUCUCCUCGCUCCCUGAAUUUCAGUUUUCAAUCCACUGAGUUUUCUGAUUCUGUAGAGGUUGAUGUACUGCCAGCAUUCGACGCUUUAGGUCAACAAACACAAACCCGCCCGAAUGCACAGGUUUAUGUGGACCUGAUUAUGGCCAAAGGAUUUGGAGGAGAAUUCUCAACAUGCUUUACUGAACUUCAGAGAAACUUUGUAAAGUGCCGUCCAGUUAAACUGAAGGACCUGAUCCGCCUUGUGAAACACUGGUAUAUAGAGUAUGUCCGACCAUACAAACGUCAAGUAAGAAGUGGAGAGUUCCUCCCACCAAAAUAUGCUCUGGAGCUGCUGGUCAUCCAUGCGUGGGAGAGCGUGGGUGGCGGAGACAAUUUUGAUACCGCUGCAGGAUUCCACACAGUAAUGGAACUGAUUGUUAAAUACAGAGAGCUAUGCCUUUACUGGACCACGUACUAUAACUUUGACAAUUGCUUUGUGACUGACUUCUUGAAAAGCAAACUUGAAGAACUAAGACCGAUUAUCCUCGACCCUGCAGAUCCAACAGGAAAUGUUGCUAGAAAUGCUCGUUGGGACCUGGUUGCAACAGAGGCCAAAAAAUGCUUACAGCAAGUCUGUGCACAGAAUGUUGAACCCUGGAAAGUUGAGCCAAUGUCACAGUUUAAAAUCACUGUGACCAGCCUGAAUGGCUCCUCAUUAGACCUGAUGGCCAACACUGACACCAAAAUCUCAACGAUCAAGAAACAAAUCCAGCAAGCCCAGAACAUUUCAGUUAACCAUCAACGCCUGAUAUUCAAUGAAACCAUUCUGACUGAUGGCAAAACCUUAUUGGAUUCUGGAAUAUUCUUUCAUGCAAAGCUCCAACUACUUGUGAUAAACUCAAUGGAGAUAUUUGUAAGGAAUCCAAAUGGACAAAACCUGGAAAUUAUUGUGUCCCCAAGUGACAAGGUUUCGAGCCUGAAAAAUAAGAUCCAAUCAUUGGAGCAUAUUUCUCCGAGCCAGUACUACCUGACCUUUCAGUCAAGAAUACUAGAAGAUGGGCACACGCUGGCACACUAUGGCAUUGAGCACCAUUCUACCAUCAACAUCAACUUGCGUCUCCGCGGGGCACGCAAAGUCUGUCCCACCAAACAAGCCACAGAUCCUGAAAGAUCGGAACAGAUCAGAUGCCCUGCAUCCAGGGUAAGCUCAGCAGAGCUCGGAGAUGGGGCCGGGUACUUGUGGGCGGAGCUCUGUGCCCAUGCGCGGGGUCACGUGCCUGUAGGAUUGACGGCGCCAAUCGGUUUCGGGCUGAGACGCACACAGGGGGCGGGGACGGAGGUCUUUGGGGCGUCACCCUGGCAUGCGUAUUAUGAUGACCGGUAUUUUCCCGGCCUGUCCCUGCACCUCCCCCACCAUGUACCUGCCGCCAUUGACCAUGAGGACACGGCCGGUGAACCCACCGAUGACAUCACAUCUGCCAUCGCCGGGCACACCACUUCCAGGACCGCGAACAUGACCGCUGCUGCAGUCACCGCCUCCACUUCCAGAACUAACACCAAACACAUCACCCUCACCACUGCUGCCACCGCCCACCCCGCUCCUCCCACCGCUGUGGCAACUCUGCCCACUGCUGACAGAACUCCACCCACCGCCGAAGACAGCGUCGUUGGGUUCCCACCUCCGGUGUUUGCAGCUGAUUUAUAUGGAGCUGUGAUUAUAUCUCUUUGUCUGAAAGCUGAAAGGAUGGAUUUAUACAGAACUAAACCGAGGAGGCUGGUUGACUUCAAGAAACAAAAUCUGGAGCUGAGUCGAUUUAACUUAGAACUAAGAAAUACAAAAGCCAGGAAGAGUGAUUUUAUUCACAUUGUUUCAUCACAUAUGGAUGUCACGUUUUAUGUAAAUUACUUAGACAAAGUGCCCAAAGAUAUAGUUGCAGCAUGUGUUGAUAAUCCAAAUGUAGGUAGGAAUUUUCAGUCUUUGGAUCUGUCUUCACCAAAGACAGAAGUUGAUAAAGUCUUGAUAAGCAAGCAAAUGAAAGUGCUCCGGGAUAGACCUGAAUGCGGAAGGAUGGGUCUAUAUGAGACAAUUCCAAAACAUCUGGAUAAAUUUAUUUUUGUUGAACUCCGCCCUGACCAGCAGUUCCAGGAUCAGGUGGGCGUUGCCAUUGACAAGAUCUGCACUUUUUUAAAGGAACAAUGUUUCUCCGGUUACAGCUCCAUUAAAAUCAUUAAAACGGUGAAGGGUGGCUCCUCUGGGAAAGGGACAGCUUUAAAAAAUCGCUCAGAUGCAGAUUUGGUCGUCUUCAUCAGCCGGUUCAAAAAUUUCCGCGACCAGGAGCAAAACCGGGGUGAAAUCCUGACAAUAAUUCGGAAGAUGCUGAAUGAGAUCAGGAAAGAAAUUGCAUUCGAAAUCAACAUGACAGAGCCCCGAAUAAUUACCUUACCAUCUGGCCACACCUCAUCUCCUCGCUCCCUGAAUUUCAGUUUUCAAUCCACUGAGUUUUCUGAUUCUGUAGAGGUUGAUGUACUGCCAGCAUUCGACGCUUUAGGUCAGCAAACACAAACCCGCCCAAAUGCCCAGGUUUAUGUGGACCUGAUUAUGGCCAAAGAAUUUGGAGGACAAUUCUCAACAUGCUUCACUGAACUUCAGAGAAACUUUGUAAAGUGCCGUCCAGUUAAACUGAAGGACCUGAUCCGCCUUGUGAAGUACUGGUACAUAGAGUAUGUCCGACCAUACAAAUGUCAACUAAGAAGUCAAGAGUUCCUCCCACCAAAAUACGCUCUGGAGCUGCUGGUCAUCCAUGUGUGGGAGAGCAUUGGUCUGGGAGACAAUUUUGGUACUGCUGCAGGAUUCCGCACCGUAAUGGAAUUGAUCAUUAGAUACAGAGAGCUAUGGCUAUUCUGGACAAAAAACUAUAACUUUGACAAUUGCAUUGUGGCUGACUUCCUGAAAAACAAACUUAAAGAACCAAGACCGAAGAUACUCGACCCUGCAGAUCCAACAGGAAAUGUUGCUGGAAAUGCUCGAUGGGACUUGGUUGCACAGGAAGCCAAAAAAUGCUUACAGCAAGUCUGUGCACAGGACGUUGAACCCUGGAAAGUUGAGCCUGUAAAAGGUAUUCCAAUUUCAGUCAAGGUUGUGGAUACUUCAAGCUGCACAGAGCAUUUCUCUAUGAAUCCUUUCUUACCCAUUCGGAAUAUAAAAGAAAAAGUCAAGGAUGUGACCAGCACCCCGAUGUCCAAUUAUUAUCUGGAGUGGAAUGGCCAGACAUUGGACGAUCAUCGGUCUUUGUCUGAUUACGGAAUUUUCUACAGUGUUACCAUCUUGCUGAGGGAGCAAACCAACUGGUGCAGCUUAAUGUAACAAAAAAAGGUCAAUCCUCACGCGUAUAGGUGAGAGUUGUCAAAAUACCAUGGACAGCCAACUACUUUAUCAGACCAGUGUAACAAGCCUUUGGACAAAAAUUGCUAUUUAAGUCCUUUUGCCUGAAUAUAGUUUCUGACAAAUUGAGCUCCCUGGCUGGAUUGGACAGAUAUGUCCAAUCUGUCCCUGUCAGAUGAGUGUUUGGUGAGGUUUGGGGCAGUAUAAAACAGGAAGGAUAGCAGCCCACCCAACUGACCCCCAUUAUACAGCAGGUGGGUGGGUGGCGCCACAGUGACUGCCCACCUGCAAUAUUGAAUUAUUAAAGAACGGUUGAUUAAGCUUCUUAAUACACCACUAUUGGCAUAAUACAAUUGACAUGGACAGAAUGGGAAAUAUGUUGUUUGAGGUUAUACUGAAAAAGGGUGGGAAGGAAUGGAGGCCACAUCAUUGAGAGAUUAGCCCUCAAUUACAGCUUAGAUCCCAACACAAACACACACACAAAUGGACACGCUCACACUCACACCCUAAAAAGACACCAUCAUUUAUAACAACCUGCCCUUCCAACUCCAACCUCCCUAACCCCUUCCCUAGGGUCUUGGAUCUAACCUUGUUUUGGCUGCCCUCGAUCCUCUUCAUGCAGAUGACAACUGUCUCAGUGAUGCCCGGUACUGGGCGCUGGGACUGCUGCAGCUGCUGGCUAAUCAGAUUGGGUGACAUCUCUCAAGGGCAGGCUCACUGCUGACUCUGGCUGCAGAAAGACUUCCUCCAGCAACGCCAACUUGCCUUUGGGAGGACAAACGAUGGGAGACAGUGGAGAAACUGGGAUUAUUCUCCUCACACGAAGAUGAUUAAGAGGACAUUAAUGAUUGCCAAAUUUAUGAUAGAGUGUUAUGUGAUGUGAAAGAGUAGAUAUGAAACAGCUGUUUGUAUUGGGAGCAGAUCUGGCUUCCAGAGGAUGCGAAUCCAAGAUAAAAUUAACCAAUAACAAAAAGGAUCAGCACAAUGGGGAAGUAGCCAGUGGGACUAAUUGGACAGCUUUUCAAAGAACCAGUUCAGGUGCAAUGGGCUCACAGACAUCCAUCUACACUUUCUAUAUGUGUAAUCUCCAAUGUAUGCGUCAAAGAAGUAAGUGUUUGUUAAUUUGUUCAUGUUGAUUUAAACUGUAUUUCCUGGGUAUGAUCAUUCAGGUUCACAACAAAUUGAUACUUUACACAGCAGUUUGGGGAUUUGUUUGCAUUGCUAUUUUUAUGUGUACUGGAUGUUGAGCAAUGCAGUGGUUUAUGAUAGUCACUGUAAUGCAUGUAAUUUGCAUUAUUUGAUGCAGGUGUUACAGCAAAAGUUGCAUCUUUUUAAUUCUGUGUGGUGUGCUGAUAUAAAAUUAUUUGGAUUCUUACCUUACAAACUAGUUGUACCACAGUUACACAAGUAUUUCAGUCACAUGCUGCCGUUAGUAAUUACUUCACAAUUAUGGGGCCAAAGAAUCAGACAGCACGGAAACAGACCCUUUGGUCCGAUCUGAACAUAAUCCCAAACUAAAGUGGUCCCACCUGACUGCUCCUGACCCUUAUACCUCCAAACCUUUCCUAUUCAUGUACUUAUCCAAAUGUCUUUUAAACAGUCUAAUUACACCUGCAUCCACCACUUCCUCAAGAAAGUCAUUCCACAAGUGAACCACCAUCUGUGUAAACAAUAUGGCCCUCAUGUAUUUUUUGAAAUCUCUUUCCUCUCACCUUGGAAGUGUACCCCAUAGUCUUGAAAUCCCCUAUCCUAAAGAAAAGACAAUUACCAUUAACUCUACCUAUACCGCUCAUUAUUUUCUAAACAUCUAUCAGGUUGCCUCUCAAUUUCCUACGUCCCACUGAAAAAAGUCCCAGCCUACCCUAACUUAAACAUUCCGUACCCAGCAACAUCCUGGUAAAUCUCUUCCCACCUCUCUCCAGCUUAAUAACAUUCUUCCUAUAACUGCGUAAUCAGACCUGGACACAGCAUUCCAGAAGAGGCCUCACCAAUGUCCUGUACAACUUCAACAUGACUUCCUGUGUUGUCUAGGAUAUUGAGAGUAAGUUACAGUUCCCAAAGUAUGACUAUGUCAAGCUGUUUCUUGUCUAGACUCAGAGCAUUCUUCCAACUGUGGAACUGCCCCCAGACAUUGCAAUGUCAACAGCUAAGUUUGCCAUUGCCUAGCAUCAACCUAUGUGCCAGAAAUGACAAUCUCCUCAGUUUUGUUUUCUUUAAACAUUUGAUUACAAAUGGCUUUGUCGGCAAUAUCAGAGGGGCAGUUAAAAGUAAAGUACUGGAGUCACAUAUAAGCCAGAUACUGGACGUAAGAUUUCCCUCCCUAAAGGGCACGAGUGAACCAGAUAGGUUUUAAUUGCAACUGAUGAUAGUUUUAUGGUAAUCAUUACAUUUUUAAUACCAGAUUUUGUUGAAUACAAAUUAUAUUUUCUGCUGUGAUGGUAUUUGAACCCAGGUACCCAGGACGUUUCCUGGAACUUUGGAUUUCCAAGUCCAGUGACAAUGCAAUUACACCAUCACCUCUUGUCACUCACUGAUUAACGCUGUUCACAGCUAAAAGCUUUAACAAUACACAGGACAGUAAAGCAAAAGAGAAAAGCUUUGUCUCUGCAUAUCGCACCAAAAAUAAACUAUAUCAAUAAAUCAGAUCGUAGCAUUAAGGAUCCUGAAAUUAAACCAAUGCUGUCCUUUGGAUAGAGCAUUUUAACUGAACAUUCUAAGUAGUUUAAUGGAUUACAUAACUGGAAAAGAAUAAAUGACUCGGUCCUAUUUCCUACUUUACUUCUACUGAAGACACAAACUUGCUGGAGCACAAUUCCAUGGACACCAGAUGCUCACUCAUGCCUGCUCAGGUGACCAUUCUCAAGUUGUAAUGCUGGUGGGUGGACUAUUUUACCAAGAGAAAUUACAGCCAAUGCAAAGCUGAACAUACUAAUGCCCUUCCAAAAUACGUCAACAGACAGUAAUUAGGAGCUGGGAAUCAAGCUAAAUUUCCUUUCCUAGACCUGAAUAUAGAAAUCCAUAAUGGUGCAUUUACCACCAUCACAGACAGUAUCAGAAAAUGCAACUAAGUCCAGGAUAAGCCAAAACCCAUCCAAUAUGAUUCACAUUGAAUAAAUUUACUGGUCAAUGAAUGAAACAUUUAGGUGAUCAUUAUUUUUUUCUUCGAUCUCUAUCCUUUCUCCAGCUUCUUACCAUUACGAUGUUGAUUUCCUUUUUCUUCUUUUUCCUUUGUAAACUGGAUUUUAAUGGCCAGAGGACAUUACCGCAGUAAUGAGAUACCCACACAAUGAUACAAAUGGUCUCAACUAAAAAGUACGUUACACCUUUUCCAUUUCAAAAAGUUUGCACCUUAACAAAUAAAGCAUAAUCAGAUCAAACCAUAGAAUCCUGACAGUGCAAGGACUGUUCAAUUCAUCAAGUGUACACCAACUCUCCAAAGACCAUUGUUGUACAGACCCACACACAUCCACCCAGCUGUGUAACCCCACAUUUAGCAUGGCCACUCCACCUAACCUGCACACCUAAUCAUUGCAGGAGGGAAUUGGAACACCAAGAGGAAACUCACAUAGACACCAGUAGAAUAUGCAAACUCCACACAGACUGUGGAGGCUGGAAUUAAACAAGGUUCUGUAGUGCUGUGAGGCAGCGGUGCUAACCACUGAGCUACUCACAACAUUUAAAGAUAACCUUACUGACACGUCAGUGCAGUCCUGAGAAGCAGAUAAACUGUAUUUCAUAUAAACUGUAUUUCAUGCUGCCGGGAUCAUAUAGGUGAAAAGAUGUCAUCCAAGCCAGAAUUGCAGCUGAUUUCAACAAUUGACUGAUUUAAACAUGAGGGUUUUAAAUGGUGGACCAUAUAAUGGUAACAACUGGGAGAGUGAUGCUUUCAGUAGUAAUGAUCUUUGGAGAUGAAGCACCGAGAGUGGGAGAAUAACAGUUGGACAGACAAAGGACAAAUAUAAUUUAUUGUAGAUUUUGGUUUUUUACUUUUGAGUUGGUAACAUGUCGGCUUUCUCUGUGUCUGAAAUUAAUAAUUAACUUGAGUAUUUCUGUAGUUAUGGUGAUUUACUUAAAACAAUUUUUGCAGCCUAGCUUUGAAAUUGAUGGGUUUCAUGUAUAUUAGUAGGGUUUUACUGCUGAGCAGGAUAAACAAUCUCCAGUUCAGAAGGUCAGGAGAAGUUCUUAAAGUGUUAACAGAAACAUCUAUUACUUAGAGAGAUAUAUUUUCCUUUGUUUUAAUUUGGGUUUUAAGCAGUCCUGUGAAGUCAUUUGAUAAAGAUGUUUGUAUAGACCAGUGUUCCUGACAAGGGAGGUGUUUGUCAAAUUAGGUUACCUUGGAGUAGAGUUAAUGUUAUUUCCAGUCUGUAAGUAUUGGGAAAAGCCUGGUGGCUGCUGAAACUCAUUUGUUUAAGCUCAGAUGUGUAAAAACUCCACGAAGAAACUAUCUGCAGUUCCAGUCUAUAAGUUAAAGACAUAAGUGACUGAAAUUUAUUGAGGUAUUAAAGAAAGGACUGUGCUGUGAGUAUGGUACAUAAUGCAUUUUUGAGUGUUACACAAGGUGUGUUUUUGGGUCCUAUACAAAUGCUGUUGUUUUUCUUUCCAAUUUAUUAGAGCGUAUUGGGAAUUAAUGGAUUAAAACAUAACUUACUUAAAAAUUUAUGCUUAUAAAUCCAUCAAUUCGUGUUAUAAAUAGAUAGUUUGGUUUAUUAUGUUUUAUAUACAUAUUUUUUCAUUUGAUGGUUAGAGCAAAAUCUGCAGCAUUGCAUGUUUACAUUUCAGUGAGAAACCACUUUGAUAAAGACUAAACAGUACAAAAUAAAAUAUUAUCUAUCAUGUUUUAGUCUGGAAUCUGACUUGACCAGUAAUAACAUUAGCUGGGAUCAUGACAAUGUUAAAAAUGUGCAUGGGGCUUCAGGAUUCUGAUCCAUCAACAUUACAUUGUACAAGUUUUUGAUUGUCUCUGGAGAGAGGUGUAGUGACAUUAAUUUGGCAUUUUCUGACGUUUCUAAAACACUGAUUGAAAGGCAUUGUUUGGUGAUUAAACAGAAAUUUGUGAUUGCAAUAUUUUCCAAUUACCAAGAUAAAGUACAAUGAAAUCAAGUUCAUGCACAAUC